UGCAUCCAAUAAAUAAACUAAUGCAAAACAAAGCUAAUUAAUCUCAACAUUGGUUCUUUCUUUUGAUCAAAUAAUAAUGGCUUAUGUUAAGCUCCCUCCUUUGACUCUCUUCUUGCUUGCCACAUUCUUAAUUACGUUCUCGACGAAGAAGGUUGGAGCAACUUGUACGGGUGUGUGUUCUUUCUAUGAUAGUAAUCCAUGCGGUGGUAACUAUUGCUUCUGUCACUUUCUUGAUGUAGGAGAUUAUAAGGGAAUAUGCAUUGAUCGAUCAUUUUUCAUAAAAACAGUAGAUGAAGAUCCUAACUUAUGUCAAACUCAUGCUGAAUGUACAAAGAAAGGAAGUGGAAACUUUUGCGGUCGUUAUCCUAAUCCAAAUAUAAAAUACGGAAGGUGUUUUGCAUCUAACACUGAGGCCGAAGAAUUCUCCAACAAGUUUUCUUAUUACUCCUCUAGAUUCAUAAAAGACUUCUUGAAUAUGCCUGUAGUUGCUUAAUAUUCAUGAUAUAUAUUCAAAUAAAAACCCACCAUGCAUGAUAUAAUGUUUUUAUAUCAUUAAAUAAACGAUCUUUGUUUCCAUCGUGAUCA